UCUUUGACAAUGACAUGUUUUGACAAAAAUCUUUCCUGUUAAUAAUUAUUAUAAAUCAUAGUUUUAAGUCUCACAAAAAAUAAUUGUCAAAAAAUGGCUUCUCAAGAAAACAGUGCAAGUGAUAUUGAAUUAUUGAGAAGUGAAAUCGAACGCUUAACGAGAGAAUUGGACCAAGCUAGUAGCGAAAAAGUGCAGUCUGCCCAAUAUGGGCUGGUUCUUUUAGAAGAAAAAAAUGAAUUGCAGCAAAAAUGUGAAGAAUUUGAAUCACUGUAUGAAAAUACCAAACACGAACUUAAUAUCACCCAAGAGGCCCUUGCUAAGUUUCAAUCUAGUCACAAAGUAACAACAAAGACUGGUAUUGAAACAGAAGAAUCACUACUUCAUGAAUCGGCAGCUAGAGAAACGUCACUACAUUCUCAAAUAAUUGAACUAGAAAAUGAAGUUAAGCAGUGUCGACAUGAACUGGAACGUGUCACUGCGGAAAGAGAUCGGAUGCUGCAAGAAAAUAAUGACAUGGGCAAAGACAAGGAGGACCGGGGUAUGGAGUGUAAAAAACUGCGAGCUGAACUACGUGAGGUUAAAUUUCGAGAAAACCGUCUUAUUACGGACUAUUCAGAACUGGAGGAAGAAAAUAUUGCCCUACAGAAACAGGUCUCGGCUUUAAAAAGCUCUCAAGUUGAGUUUGAGAGUUUGAAACAUGAAAUCAGACGUUUACAUGAGGAGAUGGAUUUAUUAAAUCUACAAGUCGAAGAAUUGACAAACUUGAAAAAAAUCGCCGAGAAACACAUGGAAGAGGCUUUGGAAUCCUUACAGAGUGAAAGAGAAGCUAAAUAUGCCAUUAAGAAAGAACUAGACCAACAGAUUAACAGAGAAUCUUUCUACAAUAUAAACAACUUGGCUUAUAGUAUACGUGGCAUUACUGAAGAUACAAAUCUAGGAAGCGACUGUGAGGAUGAUAUUCCAGGACUGAAGCAUAUUGAGGCCAGUUUAUCUAGUGGAAAUGCUUCAGAAUUAGCAUCUCCUGAUGGCAAACAAGUGGAUUUGUUCUCAGAAGUGCACUUGAAUGAACUUAGGAAACUGGAAAAGCAGCUCGAGUCACUAGAAAAGGAGAAAAUAUCUCUAACACAAAGCUUGAGGGAAAACCAAAGUAUGGUGGAGAAAAGCCAAGGGGAACUACAAGUAUUUGUGGCUCGACUUACACAGUUGGCAGCUCACGUCGAUUCUCUGCAACAAUUUUCUCAAAAUGUCGACAAAAACCUAUCCAAACCAGAAGAGGAACUUAACAAGGUCAUCAACCAAUAUCAGCAAUGGUUUAAGUUAUCCACCAAGGAAAUUGAGCAGCUUAAGAGGGAUAUAAGGGAACUUGAAAAAUUAACAAAUAUCUCGGAUGCUACAUUGCAAUUAAGGAACGAAAUCACAAACCUAAAGAAUAACCUUUUGGACACUGAACAAAAGAGCAUGGAUCUUGAAGGAGACUUGAAACUGCUUAGAGAAUUUGCUAGUGAAGCAGGAGCCUCUCUCGAUGAAACUCAAAACAAUUUACAGAUUGUCACUGAAGAAUUAGCUCAAUUGUAUCAUCACGUUUGUACUGUCAAUGGCCAAACACCUACCAGAGUUGUACUGGAUCAUGAAAAAGAAGGCAUGACACCAAUGACUGAAACUGCUCCUCCAAUGGGAGAAAUGAGUAAAUUAGAACUACUAAGGAGUCGUCUGAAGAGUGACAUACCUUUACACGACCUAGAAACCUUAAAUGAUACUGCGGUUCUAGCAAGAAAUGUUUGUACUGUAGUAGAUCAAAUAAAAUACCUUCGAAAUGCUAUUGAAAACACAAUCGAACUUUCCAAAAUUAAGAGAGACAAAUCAGAUGGAUCAUAUGAAUCACUUAAAGAUGAGAACAGUGAAUCUGAGAUUCAAGAACUGCAAGAACAAGUUAUCAGGCUCAAGAGCUUGUUGUCUACAAAGAGGGAACAAAUCGCCACUCUUAGAACCGUCCUUAAAUCUAAUAAGAAUACAGCUGAAGUCGCACUAACGAAUCUCAAAGCUAAGUAUGAGAAUGAGAAAACUAUUGUCUCAGAAACCAUGAUGAAGCUGAGAAAUGAACUGAGGUUGUUGAAGGAGGAUGCCGCUACUUUCUCAAGCCUGAGGGCAAUGUUUGCUGCCAGAUGUGAAGAGUAUGUAACACAGGUAGAUGAACUGCAGCAGCAACUUAAUGCAGCCGAGGAUGAAAAAAAAACACUGAACCAACUUCUUCGGUUGGCUGUCCAGCAGAAGUUGUCUUUGACUCAGCGUCUGGAAGAACUAGAAGUAGACAGGGAAAUUAGAAAUGCGAGAAGACCAAACAACCGCAACUUCCAGCGACCCGGCAGAUCCAACCGUGAUAUGUUCUAGCCAAGGUCGAGGCCCUUUGUGUAUGCCAUUGCAUUUAUUACGACAUUCUUUAAACUCUAGGUUGUUCACACCAAGAUGUUAUUGAAUUGGUGAUUGAUGGAAAUAAGGUAUUUUUAUUAUCAAUGAAUUUUUCAUUACACUACUUACGUUUUGUUAGGAAUUGCAUGAUGAAAUGUGAUAAAAAGAUAUGCCUUGAUCGAGAGGUUCUGAAUAAAUGUUGAUCUGAUGUUAUGAUUAAUGCAGAAUGAGACAAAUUGACUUUAGACUUGUCGAAGAUUUUCCAAAAUUAUUUCAAUUUUGGCCUUAAAAAACAAUGUGCAAUGUCUAUUACAUAUUAUUUGUGUGACUAUGAAUGUUUUAUCUUCCACGUCAUUUUAUAAUGAGUAUUCGUUACUGUUACAUAGAAAUAUAUUUAUCAAUCCUUACUUUUUCCUUAACAUCAGUUUUACGCUAUGAUUUAGCAGCUAUUAUUUAUUAGUAUUUAAAAGAUAUUCAUUAUUUUUGACUUAUACCUUUUACUUUUGGUUACUAGUGGUAUUUAAAAGAUAUUUAUUAUUUUCAACUUCUUAUACCUUUUACUUUUGGUUACUAGUGGUAUUUAAAAGAUAUUUAUUAUUUUCAACUUCUUAUACCUUUUACUUUUGGUUACUAGUGAUUCUGUCUAUUCCUGAUAUUAUUAAUACAAGUUUCAGAUUUCGAUCAUUAAUUUAGUACUUAAAAGAUUAUUUCUUUGGUCAAUCGUUAUAAAAAAUUUGUUUGAGGUUGAGAAAGAUAUGUUUGCACUGACUGAUAACAUAAUUGUUUUCUUAAAAUCGAUACAUAACUUUUUUAGUAUCAGGGAUUGCAUUCAAAUAACUUCUUUCCGUUAGAUACACUGAUUGCCAAAAAGUUUCGAUAGAUCCAUUUUUCUCAUGGAUUGGUUAGUUGAAUUAACUUAGUUCAUGUAUUCCAUUAAGUCUCGAGUAGGAGAAUUUUUAGGAUUAUUGUUUUCAUUAACACAUGUAAUAGUAGAAAAUAGUGGAAUAGUGUUUAUUAUUAUUAUAUUGACCCAGUUAUGUGGUUACUAACAAGGAAUAUUAACUUGUAACAGAAGUAUUUAUUAUUAAAUAUUUAUUAGUGAUAGUAAGUGUAAUUGAUAUAUAAUUUGUGUGAUGUUCAGAAUUUUAAUUUAGUGUUUUUUUUCAUACUCUGAAUAUUAAAAAUACUACUGAAUAAGUGGAAGGGUAAAAUAAACUGUUAAAAAUCGAUUCAAAAAAAUUAUAUUUAUUAUUUAACUGUACUGCAGUCUAAUUGUUAAAUAUUAAUAUAGGUAUAAUGGUUAAGAUUAGCGUAAAUUUAAAAUGUGAAAAGGGCAGCUUUAUACAAAAAUUCACUCCCAAACAAACUCACAACACAACACUUGAAGGAAUAUAAAGCUGCUUUGUUCCUCUGUGAAAAAUUAUCUUGUUCGUCUUUUUUCCGUUGGUUCUAAGUCCAUAUGAUAAUAAUACUUAACUAUUAUUUGUCCUGUUUCCGAGCCUAUGGACCACGGAAAUUCCCGUCCCUUUUAAUAUUAAAAAUCCUUAAACGAGUAAAAUAAAUUUAUUCAGUCAUUUUAUAAUUGUAAUUGUCACAACUGAAACUUACGUACCAAAAUAUUUUUCAUAAAAGCCCAUUAAAUAGGUAAAAAACGGCUACUAAAGUUUACUUUUUUUAAACGUAAUAAGCCAAGUAAAAUUCAGUUGUAAACGACAUCUCAUAAUUUAUUCUUGUACACUUAUCGAGUGUCCAUGUUUUAUUUAAUUAACAGCGAUGCUGCUAUGUUCAUUUUAUUUAAUUCAUUUUUAAUGUUGUUACUUUCGUUAUUUUUACAUUGCUUUUAUGUGGUUAAAGUUACUUAAUUGUACCUAAUAUUUUUAAUAAAAUUAUUACUUUAAA